AUGUCUACCAAGGCGGCGGUAAAGCAGAUUCGAGGAGCUAUUGAUGGGAAGGACUUUGUCCUUGCUGUCGAAAAGGCGCAAGCUCUCCUGAUCAAGGAUCCCGACAAUUAUGUUGCAAAUCUCUAUCUCGGCGUCGCAACAGACCGCCUGAACAAGCUUGAAGAGUCGGAAGCUGCAUAUCUCGCCGCGACUCGCAUAAAGCCCACUGAACGUACUCCUUGGCAAGGGUUGAUCGUUCUGUACGAGAAACAAGGCAAUCAAAAGCUUGAUGCAUAUCACACAGCUGUCUUAUCAUAUGGCCAAACUCUGGCAGACAGCGAUGAACUCGAACGUUGCCAAGACCUGGUGAACAAAUACACUGAGUUUGCUCGAAACAAUGGCUCCAAGAGCCAGCUUAAGCAUGCCCUUGAACUUCAACUACCAUCAUCUCCCCUUUACAGCUUCCUUGAAGGACGGCUGCCUCACCCAUCACACACCUAUCUCCGCAUAAUCGAAAUCACCGAGGCCGAAGAAAAAGCAUUCAUCAAUCGUGAAAUUGGCGAGCGCAGAACUCGACUAGGAGCCCGGCUCGGCCAAGUCACAUCCGAGGUCAAGAGAGAAGCCUUUGCGAGAAGCGAACUGGAGGCACUGUAUCAAGGCCUCAUUGACUGGACCACCGAUGAUAGCGUCCGUCGACAGUAUGAAGAGAAAAUACUUCAGCGCUUGUGUGACGAGCUGGAAGUUCUUCCAAAGAAGUCCAAGAAUCCGAAGAGAAAACAAAUCAUCCGCGCAGCAGAGGACAUGGUUAUCAUUAAGCACCCUUUCGAGCUGGCAUGGGAAAUCGCAAUGGAAUGGAAGGACACCGAAGACUACGCAGAGUUCGACGUUGGCGUUUUGCGCGAAUUCAUCGAGUUCUUCCCUGAAAAUGGUCUUUCCAAGGUUCUGGAUGGCUUUUUGUCAACCGAUCUCUCUCCAUUUCCCCAACAAGAGGAUGAUAAAGAACAGCAAACCAGUGGUGAUGCAGACAACAAACCCGAAGAAGAAAGCCGCAUGACGAUGGCAGAGCGCCUGAUUCCCAUGAUCAAUGGCGCUCAACUUGCCAGCACCUCGAUUCUUGCGCACCGCUUAAUGGCUGAUGUUUAUCACUCUAUGGAAGAGUAUGAGAGCGCCGCGGAGAUGUCUAAGAAGGGCAAGUCCAACAUUGAUGAGCUUGUUAAAUCUACCGGUCUCACUUUGACCAACGCGACUGAUGCUGUCGACAUAACAUAUGCCCAGUGUCUGAUCUUCCACCAAUCCCCUCGACACCAUCCAGAAGCCAAGCAGAUUUUUGAAAGAAUUCUCCAACGAAAGCCAAAAUCCACAAGCUGUCUCUUGGGUAUCGGGCUGAUCUUGAAAGUGGAUGAAGAUUAUUCCAGCGCAAUCGACUUCCUGCAGCGGGCCUUGGAACGAGACGACUCGAAUCUUAUGAUCCGUGGCGAGCUUGCAUGGUGCAAAGCAUUGAACGGCGAUCUUGAGGCGGGUCUCAAUGGCCUCCAAGAUACUCUCGAGCUUCUGAAGCAACAGAAGACUGAAGCCAAAGCCACCAAGGCCGAGCUUCUCUACCGCACUGGAUAUUGCCAAUGGGAAAUAGACCCGUCCCCCGCCGCCAGAAAAGAUCGGAGCCGGGCCUACGCCAGCUUCCUUGCCUCUAUCACAACGAACUUUGAUUAUGCGCCAGCGUACACGAGUCUCGGCUUCUAUUAUGCAGAUUACAAGAAGGACAAGAAUCGAGCUCGUCAGUGCUUUCAGAGAGCGUUCGAAUUGUCACCUUCGGAAAUCGAAGCAGCGAAGCGUCUGUCGCAAGUAUUUGCUGAUAAGAAAGACUGGGACUAUGUUCAACUGAUCGCGCAGCGGGCUGUCGACUCGGGUAGAGCUAAACCUGCCCCUGGAGCAAAGCGCAAAGGCCAUAGCUGGCCAUACGCGGCUCUGGGAACAGCUCACAUCAACAAACAGGAAUAUCCAGAGAGCAUUGGUCAUUUCCAAACUGCUUUGCGAAUUUCGCCGGAUGACUACAAUUCCUGGGUUGGGCUAGCCGAGGGGUAUCACCAUUCUGGCCGACACAUCGCCGCAAUCAAUGCUCUUGAGCAUGCUCUGGGGCUGGAGGAGUCCCUUUCCAGCAGCGAAAAAGAGAAUAUUUGGUUUGCUAGACACAUGUUGGCAAAUGUGAAACGUGAGCUUCGCGAGUAUGAUGCCGCGAUUGAAAUCUACGAGGAUCUUCUGAAGCAGCGCCCUGAUGACGCCGGAAAUAAAAUCGCUUUACUUCAGACACUGACAGAGAGCUCAUGGAAGAAUUUGCACACGGGUCUGUUCAAUGACGCAGCAGAGCUUGCCGUCAAAGCCAUCAAUGUGGCCCAGCUGCUCGUGGAUACUCGCAGCGAGAUCUUCAAUCUCUGGAAGCUUGUUGGCGAUGCUUGUUCACUUUUCUCUUACAUUAAGAGAAAAGCGGAUAAGGUAUCUGUCGCAGCUUGCAAGAAGCUGAUCACUACCGGACUUGACCCCGCAGCACUGGAGAUCGUGACUGAUGUUGAUGAAAUCGGCCAGAUUUGGCUCGAUUCUAUCGACAGUGAAGAUGCGGCUUCACCGGAAUUCUGUAUCCAUCUGUCGCUUCUGGCUUUCAAGCGGGCGGUUCACGUUGCUGUCAAUGACAAGCAUGCACUGGCCGUUGCCUGGUACAAUCUUGGCUGGGCUGAAUAUCAUGCAUACCGGAACGUGCGAGAGCACGGUUCGGGCAAUAUUCAGCCCCGCCAGAAGUAUCUCAUGGCGGCGGUCGGAUGCUUCAAGAAGGCAAUCGAGUCAGAGGCGGGCAAUGCCGAGUUCUGGAAUUCACUCGGCGUGGUUACGGCAAGCCUGAGCCCUAAAGUCUCGCAGCACUCGCUUGUCAGAAGCUUGCAUUUGAAUGAGCGGAACGCGCAGACCUGGACCAACCUCGGCGCACUUUACCUUCUCAACGGUGACGCUGAACUGGCGAACAUGGCUUUCACUCGGGCUCAGUCUAGUGACCCGCAGUUUGCACAGGCUUGGGUCGGACAAGCCGCAGUUGCUCUCAGUUUCGACACUGCUAGUGAGGCACGGGGUCUCUUCGAACACGCCUUUGAUCUCUCCCGCUCAUCGGAGACAGUUCCCAAGCGCCAUUACGCGUUAUCUCUGUUCGAUCACCUCCUCUCCGAAUCCUCCUCUUCGAAUGAAGUUGCCGAGCUCAUUCGACCCUUCUUCGCUCUUCACCAACUCGUCAUUCAGGACCCAUCAGACAUGUCAUUUGUGCAUCUUUCGGCUCUGGUGGCAGAGAGAAUGGGUGAAACUGCCGAUGCCCAGGCGAGCUUAGAGAGUGUGUGCUCUGGUAUGGAAGCCGAGUACGAAAAUUCCGAGUCUGUCACUUCACUCCUCAAGUAUGCCCAAGCCAACGCCGACUCCGCUCGUGUUCUUCUAGCAUGCCAUGAGUAUGAGCAAGCUGCGGAAGCGGCCCAAACUGCACUCUCCCUAGCAGAUGAUGAGGAAGCUGAAAAGUGUGACCCCGACGCUUACGCCAAACUUCGUCUUUCAGCACAUCUGACAGCUGGUCUCGCAUAUUACUUCACAAAGUCAAUGGAUGAAGCCAUAGACAUGUUUGGCGCUGCUCUUCACGAAGCCGACAAUGAUCCAGAUGUGGUUUGCCUUCUUGCUCAGGUUCUUUGGGCUAAGGGUGGCGAGGAGGAAAGAUCACUUGCUCGCAAAACGCUUGUCGAUUGCACUCAUGAAAACUCUGACCACGUCGGUGCGGCUACUCUCCUCGGUGCGAUUGCUAUUCUGGAUGGCGACAACGAAUUAAUCAAAACUGCCGAGUCUAACCUCAAGACUCUGCUUGUUCGCGACGAAAUUGACCUCCAGGACCGCACCAAGUUACUCAAGCUUCUCGGUACGAUUUCCACUCUGGGAUUAAGUGAGGAUAUUGAACUGCCCGAAGACAUGCGCAGAAUCAAGGAGGCGACCGCAGCCAUCAUGUUGUCUCCUGGCCAACCGCAGGGUUGGACCGAGCUCUCCAACGGCUCGAAGUCCGGAUACCCAGCGGAGAUGGCCAUCGAUCGAGCUUUGCGCAGUGUGCCCCCGCACGGAAACCUGGAAGCUACCGAUCUGAGCCAGGCAUAUGCCCAGAGCGGCAAUGCUGGCGAUGCUCUCAGGUCGAUCAUGGUCGCACCGUGGCGACCUGAGGGUUGGGGUGCGUUGAAAUCGGUGGUGUGA